GACUUGAACUUUUGCGCCGCCAAUUCUUCUUUAUUCAACCCUUCGUUAUUUUAGGUCACCACUUUCAAAACCACCACACACACACAUCUUUUGAUGGUCGCAAACAGUGCGCUUGGUUAUUCGGGAAUUCCCCGAUUAUAAUUUCGCACUUAAUCCUGCCGGGGAUUGGCCCUAUUCCUUCUACUUGUCAAGGAAUCUGAAUCGGGUCGUUGGUGAAUGGGGAUUUUCCAUUAUCAUCAUCAGUCGCAUAUGAGUCUAUAAGCAGCCGACCUGAAGUAGAUUGAAAGAAUAAGAUCUAUCAUACCUCAUGUGCCUAUCUCUCGUGCGGCUUGUCGUUUCCGCGCUUCUUUUCGCUCCUUCUCCCUGUUUGAAGAAUCGACACCCGAUAUUUAGCCCGGACUAGAUCGAUUCGCCGUCGCCAGUCUGGCAACUUAAAAAAUAAAAAACCACUACCAUCAUCGCUAUCAAUACCCACCGAGUUCUUUAUUUACUUUAUUUCUAAGGAGACCGAUAAUUCCAAUACCGCCAAGAUGGGUAUUCCCGCUGCUUUCCGAUGGCUUUCCAGCAAAUAUCCCAAGAUCAUAUCUCCCGUCGUAGAAGACCGACCGAUUGAGAUGGAUGAUGGCACCGUUAUUCCUGUCGAUACGACCCGUCCCAAUCCGAACGGCGAGGAAUUCGAUAAUCUCUAUCUGGAUAUGAAUGGUAUCGUACAUCCCUGUUUUCAUCCCGAGGACAAACCUGCUCCUAAAGAUGAAGAAGAGAUGAUGCUGGAGAUUUUCAAGUAUACCGACCGUGUGGUCAACAUGGUUCGCCCCAGGAAGCUACUCAUGAUUGCUAUUGACGGUGUGGCACCUCGUGCGAAAAUGAACCAACAGCGAUCUCGACGUUUCCGUUCCGCUCAAGAAGCCAAGGAAAAGGCAGAUGACAAGGAAGAGCUUAUGAAGAUGCUCAAGAAACAAAAUGGUGGCGUAUUACCACCUACGACUCUCGAGGAGGCAGCGAAGAGAACGUUCGACUCCAACGCGAUUACCCCUGGCACACCUUUCAUGGACAUACUGGCGUUGAGUUUGAGAUAUUGGUGUGCUUAUAAGCUUAACACCGAUCCCGGUUGGGCUAAUAUGAAAGUCAUUAUAUCCGAUGCUACAGUGCCUGGCGAGGGUGAGCAUAAGAUCAUGGACUUUGUCCGCUCCCAGAGAGCAUCCCCCGAUCAUGAUCCCAACACGAGGCACGUUAUCUAUGGAUUAGACGCUGAUCUUAUCAUGCUGGGACUUGCUACCCAUGAGCCUCAUUUUCGUGUCCUUCGAGAAGAUGUCUUUUUCCAACAAGGCAAGGCGAAAAUGUGCAAGAUAUGUGGUCAAAAAGGCCACGAUGCACAGAAUUGCCGUGGCGCAGCUAAGGAAAAGGAAGGCGAAUUCGAUGAAAAAGACAAAGCUGCCCCUCUGAAGCCGUUCAUUUGGCUUCAUGUCUCGGUCCUGCGAGAAUACCUUGCUGUUGAACUUGACGUACCUGGGUUGCCAUUUCGUUAUGAUUUAGAACGUGCCAUCGACGAUUGGGUCUUCAUGUGUUGUUUCGUUGGUAAUGAUUUUUUGCCCCAUCUUCCUGCCCUCGAAAUCCGCGAAAACGGCAUCAAUACAUUGACCGCCAUCUGGAGGGACAAUUUGCCCUACAUGGGAGGGUUCGUUACCCAAGAUGGUCAUGUUAAUCUAGAAAGGGCCCAGUAUAUUCUCAAUGGUCUUGCGAAGCAAGAAGACGCUAUCUUCAAACGACGGAAAGAGACAGAAGACCGGAGAGAAGCCAAUUUCAAGAGACGUAAGCUACAAGAACAAAGGAACGGUGGCCAGAAUGGUCGAGGUUACAACGGCGGCAACGAUAACGGACUUCCCGGUGGUCUUUCCAAGGCUCUCACACACGACAUGAUUGUCAAUCGAGGAGCGACUCAGGAAACUAACGAGGCGAAUAAGAGCGCCGCGGCAGUUCUUAAGAGUCGAAUCCAAGCGCUUCAGUCGACUAUGGCCGAUGGCAGCGCUGGGAAGCCUGCUGAGAAGUCUGAGGAGACACAAGCACAGCCUUCUGCCUUGGGUAAGCGUAAAGCUUCCAUGAUGGAGGAGGAAGGUACGAAUACUCCCGCAAGUAGUUCGGCUGCAGGCGAGGAGCCAGAAGACACGGUUCGACUAUGGGAGGAGGGCUACGCUGAUAGAUACUAUGAACAAAAAUUCCACGUGGACAAGAAGGAUAUUGAGUUCAGGCGCAGCGUAGCUCGAUCUUACGUUGAAGGACUUGCCUGGGUCUUGAGGUACUAUUAUCAAGGAUGUCCGUCGUGGGAAUGGUACUACCCUUACCACUAUGCGCCAUUUGCUCAGGAUUUUGUGGACAUUGGCAAGAUGGAGAUCAGCUUUGAAAAGGGCAGGAUCGCGAGACCAUUUGAGCAACUGAUGAGUGUGCAACCCGCUGCAUCUCGUCACGUACUUCCGGAUAUUUUCCACAAUCUUAUGACUGAUAAGGAUAGCCCAAUCAUCGACUUCUAUCCGGAAGAAUUCGAAAUUGAUCUGAACGGCAAGAAGAUGGCAUGGCAGGGUGUAGCACUUCUUCCAUUCAUUGAAAUGCCUCGGUUACUCGCUGCGAUUGAAGAGAAAUAUCCUCUUCUAAGUGCUGAAGACGCUGCCCGCAACACCGCCGGCAAGGCCGUACUUAUAUUAUCCGAGGCAAACCAAGGUUUAUACGACGACAUAAUAACACAUUUCUACUCCAAGAAACAGGGUGAUCCUAAGUAUAAGCUGGAUCCCCGUUUAAGCCAAGGUCUAUCUGGUGGGGUUGAGAAGGUCCCCGAAUACCUACCCCAUGGUACCUUAGAAUAUCCGUUAGACAGAAAGGUCAUGCCCGAUGUAGAUGACGACCGGUCAUUAACGGUCUACUACGAAGUGCCGUCAACCUCCCACAACCACAAGUCUAUGCUUUUGCGUGGCGUUCAGAUGCCGACCCCUGCACUCAAUCAUAAUGAUAAGGAAGAGCUAAAGGGAAAGAUGCGAAAUGCUGGCCGAAGUCAUGGAGGCGCACCUCUUGGACGCCAAAACUAUGACGGUAACAGGAGGGAUCGAAUCAAUUAUGGGCCAGAUUCCCGAAGAGAUAAUAGGUCUGAUCGACCGCCGUAUCAAAAUGGCUACAACAAUGGCUACCCAAUUCCUCCUCCGGUCCCACCUCCGGGCUGGGCACCACCACCGCCCCCCGGAUAUCCCGGCUUUAACAAUAGUUAUCCGCCACCUCCGCCUCCGGCUUAUCUUAGCGGUGGACGUGACUCAUAUGGAAACGGAUACGGCGGACAGCGCGGAGGAGGGCAUGGAGGUAAUUACGGAGGAGGAAGAGGAGGUGGUAGUUAUGGAGGAAACCAAGGGUAUGGGGGAGGAUACCCGCCGCCUCCGCCACAAAAUAAUAAUUAUAGUGGUGGCCAGUAUAACAGGCCGCCUCCCGGGCGCGAUAACCGAGAUCGACGACCAUAUGAUGACCGUAACGGCGGCCAUCGAGGCAACCGUGGCUACGGAGGAUAUAGAUAGAUGAAGUGGAAAUGCAUUGGCCAUUGAACAGGUGACCUGUGAAAAGAGUAUGGCAUGGCCUAGUUGAGACAUGCUAAGCUGCGUUUACUAUAAUUAGAUGGUUAUAGAAAAUUAAAAAGGGUGUCAUGAGGGUUAAUAAAUCAGCAAGCAAAUAAUGAUUGGUACAUGAGAGCUUCUAGUUCGGUCCCUUUCUUUCUCUUCGUGCCUACGUAGGUAGUAGAUAUUGUCCAGUGCCCAUGGUAGAUGCUCCAUAUAUAUGCUUCAAUCCGUCUUACUCGUACGAUUUUCUGCAACUGGUUAUCUUUUGUCAAACAUGGGUCAUCUCGUGCCUCAAUACUGCAACCCUUAGCGUUACUUAUUACCUCUCGACGGUGCUAGAUGGAAUCCAAUUACACCAGUUACCCGUAUGUAGGUACCGAACCUUGGGACGAGAAGUAUGGAAGCAUAAACUCAAAGGUUCGGCCCGUAGUGGAUUAGGAAGUGGAUAGCUACAUGCUAUACUUGGACCUCCAAUGGUAGUUAUAGUAUGUGGCUGCAAACAAGAUUCAAAUACCUUAGGUAGGUAAUCGAAAUUGGCAUGGAAUCUCUCACGAGACGACGAGGAUCGAUUAAGAUUUUCCCAGCAAGAAAUAAUUAGCAGGAGUCAUGGGAUAUCAACCAACUGUAACACGCUCGAGCUUUUUUUGCGUGCCUUGGCGGUAUUGCAGGGAACUUGACGAAC